GAAAAUCAAAUCUGAUCUGUCUCUCUCUCUCUCCGCUGUUUAUAGCAAGAAAGCACAGCACACACGGAGAGUGCCGCUCAGUUCCAUCGCCACCAGGAUCCUCUGCGUGGGCCUCAUGGCUUUCCAACGGCGGCGCCACCACAACUACAGCCGCCUCCGUCGCCUAGUCCCCGCCAUCUCCGCCAUCUCCGGUUCUCUUCUCCUCUUAUUCACUCUGUUCUCUCUUCUCGCUCCUUCUCCGACUGAGGAUGACCAUUUUCACAACCGCCUUAGCCGUGUCGUGUUAAGCAAUAACGUCGACAACGCCGGAGUUCCAGUUUUCCGCGUUCCGAACCGUGGGGGAAGAUUUGAUCGUGAUCUUUGGAGAUCAAGACUUUCCAAAUUCUACCACGGAUGCAGUGAUGCAAACAAAAAGUUUCCUGAAUCCAAAGACAUCACACAACCCAAUAGGUACUUGCUAAUUGCAACGAGCGGAGGUCUGAACCAACAGAGAACUGGGAUCACAGAUGGUGUAGUUGCUGCCCGCAUUUUGAAUGCUACACUUGUUGUCCCAAAGUUGGAUCAGAAGUCUUUCUGGAAGGAUGCAAGUAACUUUUCAGAUAUAUUCAAUGUUGAAUGGUUCAUAUCAAGUCUAUCAAAAGAUGUUAAAAUUAUAAAAGAACUCCCUAGAAAGGGUGGGAAGGUUUGGACUCCUUACACCAUGCGUGUUCCACGGAAGUGUAGUGCUAGAUGCUAUCAAACCCGCGUUUUACCUAAUCUUUUAAAGAAGCAUGCUGUUCAGCUCAACAAGUUCGAUUACAGACUUUCAAAUAGGUUGGACACAGAUUUACAAAAGCUUAGAUGCAGGGUUAACUAUCAUGCAUUAAAGUUCACUGAUUCAAUAAUUGAAAUGGGUGAAAAAUUGGUCCACCGGAUGAGAAUGAGAACAAAACAUUAUAUUGCCCUGCACCUAAGGUUUGAACCCGAUAUGCUUGCAUUCUCAGGAUGCUAUUAUGGUGGAGGAGACAAGGAAAGGAAAGAAUUAGGUGCAAUACGAAGAAGGUGGAAAACCCUACAUAACAGCAACCCAGAUAAGGGGAGGAGGCAAGGGAGAUGCCCACUUACUCCUGAAGAGGUUGGCCUGAUGCUGAGAGCGCUGGGAUAUAGCAAGGAUGUUCACAUUUAUGUGGCAUCUGGGGAAGUAUAUGGAGGGGAAGAGACACUGGCCCCCCUGAAAGCUCUCUUCCCAAACUUUUAUUCAAAAGACACCCUAGCCAGCAAGGAAGAACUAGAACCAUUUUUUGGGUUCUCUUCUCGCAUGGCUGCCCUGGAUUUUAUUGUUUGUGAUGAAAGUGAUGUAUUUGUCACCAACAACAAUGGUAAUAUGGCAAAAAUUUUAGCAGGGCGAAGGAGAUAUUUUGGACACAAGCCAACCAUUCGUCCAAAUGCUAAAAAACUGUAUCGGUUGUUCUUAAGCAGAGCUAACAUGACAUGGGAGGUGUUUGAAUCUGGUGUCCGUACUUUUCAGAGAGGGUUCAUGGGAGAACCAAAGGAGGUGAGGCCAGGAAGGGGUGAAUUUCAUGAGAACCCAGCUUGUUGCAUCUGUGAAGAUCCAGAGGCCAAGGAGAAGAUAGAAUCAGGCCCGAGAAAGCUUGGUAAAAAUAUUGGUGCAACAAGAAAUGAUGUUGGCGAAGUUGUCGAUGAUCAAAAUGAUGAUGACGAUGAGCCAGAAUGGGUUGACCCUGAUGAUGAAGGGGAUCAAGAUGCCCCUCUAGGUAAAGGUUUCUUUAAUAGAACAGGUUUGGACUAUGAAGCUUUCACAUCGGAGGAGCCUGAGUUAGAAGAAUUCCUCUCAGAUUGAGGACGUGCCUUAGCCUUUUUCAGGCAGUUUUUGUUGUAUAUAUCCAUUAAUUCAAAAUUUCUUUACCCCUCUUGCCUUCCUCUCAACAACUUGCAAGUUAUAGCAGAAAUGUUCUGUGCUGCGAAGUCGUCCUUCCUUUCUAGCUGAGCUACAGCAAAACACGGCCUGAUGCCUAAUAUUUCAGCAAGCUAGCCAAAAGCUCAUUUAGGUUUAUCAGCCGAUAUAUUGGAUUGGAAGGAGGGGGUGUUGUCAAAUUUUACAAGCCUUUUCAAAUCCUUUUUGAAGUUAAGAGAUCUCCCAACUGAAAGAACAGUAGGGACAAGGGUCUGAUUAGUUUCACUUCCCUAGUAGUUGAGGGCUGAAGAUAACAUGUUUUGAGCAAUUUUCUGGACAGCAGGGUAUAGUUAGCAAUGGAGUUGAAAGCAAUCCGUUCUGGUUUCUCCUCUUAUCUUGAGGUUUGCCUGCGGAUGGCAGAGACCUUUCUCUGCUUGCGGCACUACUUGUUUAGUUUUGUUCAAUGGCUGUUGUAGAUUGAUUCCGUCUUUGCCUGUAGGUAUAUUCUCGGACCAUGUCAUAUGUAUAUCUUCGCUACCUUUCAUAAAGAGACCACCAGCAACCUUCGGAGCUUAGAAUUUAUGAUGUUUCA